AUGAGGAUUGUGAAGGUAGGUGUGGCUUUGAAUAAGGAUAGUGAAGAGGAAGGUCUGGCAUUGAAUGAGGAUAGUGAAGAGGAAGAUGCGGCUUUGAAUGAGGAUAUUGGGCCUGUUACUGAUGCAAAUGGGGCUUUCACUUUCCAAAAUAGACCACUGAACAAUAAUAAAGAGGGCCGUCAUUUUACUGAGGAUCAUGGGCCUGCUUGCAGAGUUGAAGACUGGGUUUCAAGUGAUGAUGAUGGUCCCCUGAACAAUGAGGGUAAUAGUGCUAUAUAUGUGAGACUGAUGUGGAAGAGAGGAAUGAAGACAAUGAAGAAGAAGACAAGGAAGAUAACCUUGAUUUUUGUUGACAGUUCUUAUGAGCAAAGUGAAAAUGAAUGUGAUUUGUUGAAAAGGACAUAA